AUGACUCAGUUAGAAAUGGUUUAUUUAAUGAAUGUAGCGAAAUACCUUAAAAGCUAUGAAGAUUUAGUUAAUUUUUCUAUGAUAAACAAGAAAACAAAUGAAGGACUACAAUCAUUUAAAGAGAAUUUAUGUUUAGAUAAAGACAAUGUAAUAAAAGAAUUAAAAAUAUUUGGUGGAAUGACAAAUUAUCAAGGAACCAACGUUAUUUCAUCAUUAAAAUCAAAUUACGAAUAUUAUGAUAUUGAUGGAAAUAUUCAAGGAAUUCCUAUAAACAAAAUUCGUAAUUGGAAAACAGAUAGUCUUUGUAGUAAUGUCAAUGAAAUGAAGUCAUUAAAAAAACUUAAUAUUACUCUUGGUGGUGAUAUGCAAGGAUGGAUUUGUGCAAAAGAAAUGAAUUGGAAAGGAUUGAGAGAUAUAGAAACAUUAAGUCUAGUUAGAAUCAUUCUUGAAGAAGAGCCUUCUACACCACUUGAAGAAGAUGAACUUAAACAAGUUUAUGAAGAAUUUAUUUCAAUUCUUAAAGAAAUUGGAAAUAGACCAGAAAUUAUAGUUGAAGGAGUUGCAUUAGAAUAUAUCCAACAAAUACUCUCACUUGGAAAUAAUAUUAAAGUUAUUAAAAAAGUAAGAAGUAUU